AUGGCUUCUUCUGAGGAACCUGUGCACCCGUUGCGCAUCUCCAAGGGCAGCAGCACAUCGGGAUCACCCACACCCGCCAAAGCAAACACGGGCAUGCCUCGCCCCCUUUCAGAGCUUUCUCCUUCAGACCACAGAAGGAACUCGCCCAGCUGGAAGCAGCCGUCCAAGUCGUCCCCACUAGAGACCACUACAUCGCCUCGGCUCUUCUGGCAGAAGCGCAACCUCGACUCCAUCAGCACGGAGAACAGCGGCCUGUAUGGCGGACGCCACGGCUCGCCUUCGCCGACUCGCCGCACCUCCAUCGAGCGCCUCCAGAGAGCCUCGCGCGUCAAAAACAGCAACAUCCUCGCCCUUGAGCAGAAGCAGGAAUACGACCCGACCAGAAUACCCCAGGUCGAGCGCCCUCUAGCUAAGCAUCAGGGGAGCUCCUUUGACGGAACCACAACCAUCAUCAAUGGCCUCCGAUCCUCCGAUUCUCUCAACAGAGGCAUCGGCCACCAGCGCAACAACAGCAAAUCGAGCAUUCCCAUCUACAGCCCGGCCGGGAGCCCGACCAAGGCUUCCACCCCAAUGCAAGCCGGCCCGACCAACCCGCCACGCAGCCCGGGCAAGGACCAAGCGUCCCCAAUCAAGUCGUCCCUCUCUAGGAGCAACUUCAAGAGCAGCUUCGACCCUGAGACCGGCACCUGGUCGGCCGACACCUCGUUCGACGACCGCGAACUUCCUUCUGGCAAGUCGCUCCACCGACACGCCAAGAGCGUCACUUUCGAUGCUGCCCCCCCUCAGAUCAACGAGUAUGAGAUGGCCACACCAGACAUCUCAUCCAUCGGGUCCAACUCGCGCGAAGGCAGCUUCGAGUCGAUGGAUGACGAGGACGACGAGGAUGGCCACUACCACUUCGGUGACCAUGACAUUGAGGGUGACAGCUUCGACGCGUCGCUGGAAGACACAGACAAGACGCCAGUCGUUGGCCCCGACGACUGGAGGCAGUCCGCCGAGCGUGUGGAGGACCCGUUCGAUGGCAGCCCGAUGCCGGACGCCCUCCCUCCGCGUCUUGGUCGCGCAGAGCACACACGAUCUGACUCCUCAACCUCAGACCACCGUCCCCUGCCUCCCCUGCCCGGCAUGGGCUCUCCCGCCCGCAGCGACUCCCGCUCCUCGCCGGGUCUGGCCGCCACCGCCGAGAGAAUGCUGGGUGCCCAUCGCAGCCUGCCGUCGCCUCCGCCGGCGGUCACGAGCAAGACUGAGAUCCAGAGCAUUGGCAACGGCAAGAUGACUCUCGAGGAGAGAUUGAAGCUUAUGAUGCUCUCAGACGACCACAAGUCGGCCAAUGAGCAGCAGAGAGAGCGCCGCCUUCGUCGGGGUGCUCAGCGCGAUAGGAUCCAGAGCCCCGCGUCCGACACCGAGACGGCUGAGUCUAGCAUGCUCUCCCUCGAGGCCGAUGAGGCCGAUGACACCAUUGGCGAUAUCUCUGCCCUCGAGGACUACGAGCUGCCUAGUCGCAUUUCUCGCGAGUCCAUUAUGCGCCGCGUCAACGGCGGCAACAGUGACCAGGGUGGUGACUACUUCUCGUCGCCAGUGCCGAGCUCGAGUCCCGAGCGGUCUAGCCCUGAACGUCGUCUUCCUCUGCCGCUCGAUCCCGAUGUUCCCAUCCCUUCCACGGAGGACUCGAUUCUCGAUGACGUUUCCGAGCUGAGUGACGAGGGCAGUGUAAUCAUCCACCGCGACGAGCCCUCGGAUGCUGAGACCGAGUCCAUCACAGACUUCUACGCACGUUCUGACGCUGAUGAGAACGACGCGGAUUCUGCCAGCCAUUACUCGGAUGGGCCAGCUCGCGUGCCCGAGGUCACUCAGGUCGACGAGGAUAUCCUAACUCCCCGCGCUGUCCAGUCAUUCAACAUGGCCUCAGAGAUAAGACCUUUGGAGCUCAAGUCUGACAAGGCUGGCAACAUGUUUGACCAGCAGGUCGACGUCGCUGAUGAUGCCUCGGCCAAGGAGCCGACGCCUGAGACCGAGGUGACGCAGGUUUUCGAGCCUGAGGUCGAGAUUCAGCCCGAGGCUGAGGUCCAGCCCGAGGCCGAGAAAGAGCCAUCACCAGUAGUACAGGCUGCUGCCCCCACCGAUGCUCCAUCUGAGCGCAAACACAGCCUUCCCGAAAUGGAGGAUGAGGGCAAGGACAACGAGUUCUCCAGGGGUCUGCAGUCGUUCAUGCUGCCGCCGCCUCCGGAGCCUUCAGCCAAAGAGGUCGAAGACCUUCAGCCGCCGCCCAAGAUGACGGACAUCCAGGCUCAGAUGCAGCGACCUUCGACUCCCAAGCAGCUCUCCAAGCCUGACUACGAUGGUUCUGGAUGGGGUGACCCGGAGGAUGAAUACGAGGAGGAGCCCGGUACGCCCGAGUCCGUCAUUCAUCGUCCCAUGUCCUCCAGCUCGGAAGAGGAGGAGGAGGAGUCGGAGAUGUUUGAUGAGCCUCCUAUGGAAUCCCCUGCGAUCCCUGAGCGACAAGCUACCAUCAAGGCCUCGGGGUCUAAGCUGAAGACCAGACCAUCUAACACCCCUUCUGACAUCAUUGCCAUGAGGGAAGCCCGGCGCCAAGUUAGUCGCGAGGUGCCUGACAUUCCAGCCAUUCCCGAACGCCACCGCAACAGGCUGUCAAGGGAUCUGCAGGGAGAGCCCACUAUCCCCGAUGAGGACUACAUGAUGAAGCGUCACUCGAGCUUCAACAAGCGGAGCUUGACAUUGGAUCUCGACUUUGGCCUAAGUCUUGAUCAGGAUUUCGACCGGGUCAUCGAGACACAAAAGGUUGCUUUUUCUCACCAAGUACUUGAUUCAUCUCAUUUCGCUAGUGGAAGCCCCGCCAGACAAGCGUACAGGCCGGCCGCAACCACAAGCAAACUCAUUUCAGUAGAAGCAAAGUCACAGAGUGCUAACAAGAAGAAUCAGCGCGGUUACCUCAUGCGACAAAACACUAAGGUCGUGACGGCAAGCGACAAGGAAUCUUCCGACAUGUGGAAGACCCGAUCAGCCGGCAACUCCCCAGUCAAGACGGAUCGUCCUCAGUCGUGGACCGUCGAGCCCUGGAAUGGUAGACCCAGACAGAAGAGCAUCAGACGCCGCCCUCAAACCAGUGGGCCGGUUCCGCCCAUGCCUGGCCAGGAGAGUAACGCGCAAGCUCUCAACCCCUUGGCCGAGGAGGACCUGAACCCCGAGCUGGCCACUGAGGAGAGCGGCGAGCGCGGCCGUCUUUUCGUCAAGGUUCUUGGUGUCAAGGACCUCGAUCUUCCCAUCCCCAGAACGGAGCGUACCUGGUUCAGUCUCACUCUUGACAAUGGUGUCCACUGUGUCACAACCGCCUGGCUCGAGCUUGCGCGCAACGCCCCCGUCGGCCAGGAAUUCGAGCUUGUUGUGCCGAACGACCUGGAGUUCCAGCUUACCCUCAACGUCAAGUUGGAGAAGCCCCCACCAAAGAAGGUCAUCGUGCAGUCUCCUACUAAGGCUAGCAAGCCCAAGACGUCCACUUUUAGCAGGGUGUUCGCGUCACCCAAGAAGCGCAAGGAGAUGGAGAUGCGCCAGCGGGAAGAAGAAGAGCGCCUGGCGGCGGAGCAGCAGAAGGCGGCUCAAGCCAGGCAGAUGAAGGUUGCGCCCACGGCCUGGGACCUGUUGUCCCCGCUCGCUGCUGAGGACGGCAGCUUCGCUCGUUCCUACGUCUGCCUCAAGGAGCACGAGUCGCGCUGCUACGGCCGCCCGUACGUUGUAGACGUGGCCUGCUUCAACGAGUGGGCGACGGAGGAGGCUGCAUUCGCGUCCAGCGUCAAGAGCAAGCGUGGUAACACCGCUGUUGUUCGCCGUGCUCCGUACAAGAUUGGCAAGUUGGAGCUCCAGCUGCUUUUCGUUCCCCGUCCCAAGGGAUCCACCGAGGAGGACAUGCCCAAGAGCAUGAACUCCUGCAUCAGGGAACUCAAGGCUGCCGAGGAGCGCCUUGCUAAGAACUGGGAGGGACACUUGAGUCAGCAGGGAGGUGACUGCCCGUAUUGGCGUCGACGAUACUUCAAGCUUGUCGGCCAUAAGCUCACCGCCUAUCACGAGGCCACUCGUCAACCCCGUGCCACGAUCAAUCUGGCCAAUGCCAAGCGUCUCAUUGACGACCGGCGCGCCCUCACGGAGAAGGAGACGACCGGCAAGGGCGGCAGACGCCGGCGAUCCGCCUUUGCCGAAGAAGAAGAGGGUUACAUGUUCGUCGAGGAGGGCUUCCGUAUCCGCUUCAACAACGGCGAGACCAUCGACUUCUACGCCGAUACCGCCGAGGACAAGGCUGGCUGGCUGCAGGCUCUGACUGACCUCGUCGGGCGUGGCGACAGCGACGACGAUGUCAGCGGGCCUCGUAAGCAGGGCAAGUGGUGCGAGCUCGUCCUCAAGAGGGAGGAGGCGCUGCGUCGCCGGGCAGAGGGCCGGCGGGUGCACUCGCGGACGAAGAGCACUUUCAACUAA